AUGACGGGAAUAACUGCAAGUACUUUGAAAGAGCAGGGUAAUGCUGCAUUCAGAGCCCAAGAUUAUCACGAAGCCCUUCGUCUCUACACAGGAGCGAUGGAGAUCGAGCCGACUAAUGUCGCAUACCCCUUGAAUAGAUGCAUGACCUACCUGAAGCUUGAGAUGUGGCCGGACGCCGAAGGAGACGCCACUAAAGCGCUUGCGCUUUCACCUAGAGAGGUGAAGGCCCUCUAUCGAAGGUCGAUUGCAAGGCGAGAACAAAAGGAUUUCCGGGGAGCCAAACAUGAUAUAUGGGCAUUCAGCGACGCUGGCGGGGAGUGGACGCCCCUCCUGGAUCAAUGCGAGAAGAUAUCCGCAUCGGAAGGAGAGUCAAUCAUGAACGAUGGAUUUGAGGUCAAGGAGUCUGUAGGCAAGGGACUAGGCGCAUUCGCCACUCGAAUAUUCCAGCGUGGCGACAUGAUCCUGGCAGAGAAACCUAUCUUCACUAUCGGGUCCCAAAAGCGAUUUGUCAUCAAGUCGACAGUCGCCGGCCUCAACGAGUCCAAGAGAGAGGCCUUCAUGUCGCUCAGCCCAGGUGCAGUCAAUCGUUACGAUGACCCCGUCGUGGAUCGCUACUGCACAAAUGCCUUCGCAACAGAGACCCGCGGCGUCGCUCUGGAGUCCGUCUUCCUCGCGGCUUCGCGUUUCAACCAUGGCUGCAUGCGAAAUGCCCGGUACGGUUGGAACGAGGGCAGCGGACAGCUCAGAAUAUACGCACUUCGGGAUAUCGCCGUUGGAGAAGAAAUCGAGGUCUCGUUCUUGGGGCCUCCAGAGCGUCACAGGGCCGUUCGAAGCGAAAGGCGCGCAAUCCUCGAGAAGAGCUGGGGCUUCGUUUGCGCUUGCACCGUGUGCAUGUUGCCCAGUGCAGAAAGAGAGAAGAGCGAUAGACGUCGUUCCGAAAUUGCGAGGAUGCAUGGUGGCCUGCAAAGCCUCACUGGUCCGUUCCAAGGAGAGCGGUUCCUGCAGGAAGUGAUGGAUAUCAUACGUGUCAUGAAAAAGGAAGGCUAUAUUGGAGAGAUUGCGGACUUGACGAAGGAAAUGGUCGCAAGGUGUGCAGUCCACUCAGACUGGCAGUCGGUGGAAUACUGGGUGAGGAAGACGUAUCAGAUUAUUUUUGAAGAAUGGGGAGCGGAUCACAGGAGUGCGAAGACAGUUUUAGCACCCGCAGAAUGGAGAAGAAACCCGCCCGCAGUCUAUCAUCAUCAGACAUUCACUACAAGGUUAUGA